AUUUCUUGUUUUCUCUAUCUAUCCUUUUUAUUCUUCAUCUCUUAUCUAAAAAUUAUCUUUUGUAAAUCUUCCAACAAAACUUUUGUCCAGAAGAAGACAUGACAACUGAAGAUCAGACAAUUUCAAGUAGUGGAGGAUAUGUCCAAAGCUCAUCAACAACUGAUCAUGUUGAUCAUCAUCAUCAUGAACAUGACUCCCUUAAUCCUCCUCUUGUCAAGAAGAAGAGAAACCUCCCUGGAAAUCCUGAUCCAGAAGCCGAGGUCAUAGCUCUAUCCCCAAAGACACUUAUGGCCACAAACCGAUUCCUCUGCGAGAUAUGUGGAAAAGGUUUUCAAAGAGACCAGAAUCUACAGCUUCACCGUAGAGGACACAACCUCCCAUGGAAGCUAAAGCAGAGGACAAGCAAAGAAGUAAGAAAACGAGUGUAUGUAUGUCCAGAGAAGAGUUGCGUCCACCACCAUCCGACAAGGGCACUCGGUGACCUUACCGGCAUUAAGAAACAUUUUUGUCGGAAACACGGCGAGAAAAAGUGGAAGUGUGAGAAAUGCGCCAAGAGAUAUGCAGUCCAAUCUGAUUGGAAGGCUCAUUCCAAGACUUGUGGGACUAGAGAGUAUAGAUGCGACUGUGGUACAAUUUUCUCCAGGAGAGACAGCUUCAUUACACAUAGAGCGUUCUGUGACGCUUUAGCAGAAGAAACCGCUAGGCUAAACGCAGCCUCACAUCUCAAAAGCCUUGCUGCAACCGCUGGUAGUAAUCUAAACUAUCAUUAUCUCAUGGGCACACUUAUCCCAUCACCAUCAUCACAACCACCACCGUCGUUUCCAUUCGGACCACCGCAACCGCAACAUCACCACCAACAUUUCCCUAUCCCAACCACCACCUUCGAUCAUCAUCAUCAUCAUCAAGACGUCAUGAAACCUGCGUCUUCGCUCUCUUUAUGGAUGGGAGGAAAUAUUAACCAUCAUCAGCAAGUGACCAUCGAGGACCGUAUCGCACCGCAGCCGCAUUCUCCAAACGAGGAUUACAAUUGGGCUUUCGGAAACGCGAAUAAUCGCGGUGAGCUAAUAACGACGAGCGAUUCACUCAUUACACAUGACAAUAAUAUUAAUAUCGUCCAGAGUAAGGAAAACACAAACGCGGCUACUUCUCUUUCCGUCCCUUCUCUUUUUAGCAGCGUCGACCAAAUUACCCAAGACGCAAACGCUGCUUCUGCAAAUAUGUCGGCGACUGCGUUACUUCAAAAAGCGGCUCAGAUGGGAUCGACUUCUUCUACGUCACCGACGACGACGAUCACCACCGACCAAUCAGGGUAUCUUCAGAGUUUUGCGUCGAAAACCUCCGACCAGAGUAAUCAGAUUGUAGAAGAUGGUGGCAGCGACAAGUUCUUCGCUUUGUUUGGAUCGAACAGUGUCGAGUUAAUGAGUAAUAAUAAUAACGGUCUUCACGAGAUCGAGAACCCUAGAAACGGCGUUAGGGUCGUUUCGGGGAUUGAUGAAUUACAGAAUUACCCUUGGAAACGUAGAAGAGUUGAGAUUGGGAACGCAGGAGGAGGAGGUGGGCAAACUCGGGAUUUCCUAGGGGUUGGUGUACAAACAAUGUGCCAUUCUUCCUCUAUCAAUGGAUGGAUUUGAAAACACUUUUUAAUGAAUUUAUUCUAUGAAU